CAGCGACCGCCGGGGCCGGAGCCACUUGUGGCGACGACGGGGCCAUGAGCGGGCGGUUCACAGUCACCGGCGGCGGGGGCGAUGGCAAUCCCAAGGAGAGCAGCCCCUUCAUUAACAGCACGGACCUGGAGAAGGGCAAAGAGUACGAUGGCAAGAACAUGGCCCUCUUCGAGGAGGAGAUGGAUACAAGCCCUAUGGUCUCAUCCCUGCUGAGUGGACUGGCCAAUUACACCAACCUGCCACAGGGCAGCCGGGAGCAUGAGGAGGCUGAGAACAACGAUGGAGGCAAGAAGAAGCCGGUGCAGGCCCCACGGAUGGGCACCUUCAUGGGUGUCUACCUGCCCUGCCUCCAGAACAUCUUUGGAGUCAUCCUCUUCCUGCGUCUCACCUGGGUGGUGGGGAUCGCUGGCAUCAUGGAGUCAUUCUGCAUGGUCUUCCUCUGCUGCUCCUGCACGAUGCUGACGGCCAUUUCCAUGAGUGCGAUCGCCACCAACGGUGUGGUGCCAGCGGGUGGCUCCUACUACAUGAUCUCACGCUCCCUGGGACCUGAGUUUGGUGGGGCUGUGGGGCUCUGCUUCUACCUGGGCACCACCUUUGCCGGUGCCAUGUAUAUCCUGGGCACCAUUGAAAUCUUGCUGGCCUACAUCUUCCCGGCCAUGGCCAUCUUCAAGGCAGAGGACGCCAGUGGGGAGGCAGCCGCGAUGCUCAACAACAUGCGUGUGUACGGCACCUGUGUGCUGACCUGCAUGGCCACUGUCGUGUUUGUGGGUGUCAAAUAUGUCAACAAAUUUGCCCUGGUCUUCCUGGGCUGUGUCAUCCUCUCCAUCCUUGCCAUCUAUGCUGGUGUCAUCAAAUCGGCCUUUGACCCACCAAGCUUCCCGAUCUGCCUCCUGGGCAACAGGACCCUCUCACGCCACGGCUUUGACCUCUGCACCAAGAUGGUGGUGGAGGGGAAUGAGACGGUUGGCUCCAAGCUCUGGGAGCUUUUCUGCACCUCCCGCUUCCUCAACGCGACCUGCGAUGAGUACUUCACCAUGAACAAUGUCACUGAGAUCGAGGGCAUCCCUGGUGCUGCCAGCGGCCUCAUCCAAGAGAACCUCUGGAGCUCAUACCUGACCAAGGGAGUGAUCGUGGAGAAGCGGGGGCUUCCCUCAGUGAGCUCCCCCGACACCCCAGUGGACAUGGACCAGCCCUACGUCUUCAGCGACAUGACGUCCUACUUCACCCUGCUCGUCGGCAUCUACUUCCCCUCAGUCACAGGCAUCAUGGCUGGCUCCAACCGCUCUGGAGACCUGCGGGAUGCCCAGAAGUCCAUCCCCACUGGCACCAUCCUGGCCAUUGCUACCACCUCUGCGGUCUAUAUCAGCUCUGUUGUUCUCUUUGGAGCAUGCAUCGAGGGGGUCGUCCUGCGUGACAAGUUUGGCGAGGCUGUCAACGGGAACCUGGUGGUUGGCACCCUGGCGUGGCCGUCCCCGUGGGUCAUUGUCAUUGGCUCGUUCUUCUCCACCUGUGGGGCUGGAUUGCAGAGUCUCACUGGAGCCCCCCGCCUUCUGCAAGCCAUCUCCAGGGAUGGGAUCGUACCCUUCCUCAGGGUCUUCGGCCACGGCAAAGCCAAUGGGGAGCCGACAUGGGCCCUGCUGCUCACAGCCUGCAUCUGCGAGAUCGGGAUCCUGAUCGCCUCCCUGGACGAGGUGGCUCCCAUCCUCUCCAUGUUCUUCCUCAUGUGCUACAUGUUUGUCAACCUGGCAUGUGCAGUGCAAACGCUGCUGAGGACGCCCAACUGGCGGCCCCGCUUCCGCUACUACCACUGGACCCUGUCCUUCCUGGGCAUGAGCCUCUGCCUGGCACUGAUGUUCAUCUGCUCCUGGUACUACGCACUGGUGGCCAUGCUGAUCGCUGGCCUCAUCUACAAAUACAUCGAGUACCGCGGGGCGGAGAAGGAGUGGGGUGAUGGGAUCCGGGGCUUGUCCCUGAGUGCAGCCCGCUACGCCCUGCUGCGGUUGGAGGAAGGGCCCCCGCACACCAAAAACUGGAGGCCGCAGCUGCUGGUCCUGGUCCGUGGGGACCAGGAGCAGAAUGUGGUGCACCCGCAGCUCCUGUCCUUCACGUCACAGCUCAAGGCUGGGAAGGGCCUCACUAUCGUGGCCUCUGUGUUAGAAGGGACCUUCCUGGACAACCAUCCUCAGGCGCAGAGGGCAGAGGAGUCCAUCCGGCGCCUGAUGGAAGCAGAGAAGGUGAAGGGCUUUUGUCAGGUGGUGAUCUCCUCUAACCUGCGGGACGGCAUGUCCCACCUCAUCCAGUCCAGCGGGCUGGGGGGGCUGCAGCACAACACAGUGCUGGUGGGCUGGCCCCGCAGCUGGCGCCAGAAGGAGGACCACCAGACCUGGAGGAACUUCAUUGAGCUGGUGCGAGAGACCACAGCUGGGCACCUGGCCUUGCUGGUGGCCAAGAAUGUUGCCAUGUUUCCGGGCAACCAGGAGCGGUUCUCAGAGGGCCACAUUGAUGUCUGGUGGAUUGUCCAUGAUGGGGGGAUGCUGAUGCUGCUGCCCUUCCUCCUGCGGCAGCACAAGGUGUGGCGUAAGUGCAAGAUGCGCAUCUUCACGGUGGCACAGAUGGAUGACAACAGCAUCCAGAUGAAGAAGGACCUGACCACAUUCCUGUACCACCUGCGCAUCACCGCAGAGGUGGAGGUGGUGGAGAUGCAUGAGAGUGACAUCUCUGCCUACACCUAUGAGAAGACACUGGUGAUGGAGCAGCGUUCCCAGAUCCUCAAACAAAUGCACCUUACCAAGAAUGAGCGGGAGCGGGAGAUUCAGAGCAUCACGGAUGAGUCCCGUGGCUCCAUCCGGCGCAAAAACCCAGCGAACACACGCCUGCGCCUGAACGUCCCCGAGGAGCAGGCUGCCGACGGCGAGGAGAAGCCAGAGGAGGAGGUCCAACUAAUCCACGACAAGAAUGCCACCACCUUCUCCAGCAGCUCUCAGUCCCCUGGUGAUGAGGUAGAGGCAGCCCCUGAGAAGGUGCAUCUUACCUGGACCAAGGAGAAGUCUGUUGCUGAGAAGAACAAGAGCAAGAGCCCUGUCAGCCCCGAGGGCAUCAAGGACUUCUUCAGCAUGAAGCCGGAGUGGGAGAACCUGAACCAGUCCAACGUGCGGAGGAUGCACACGGCUGUGAAGCUCAAUGAGGUGAUCGUGAAGAAGUCCCAGGAUGCCAAGCUGGUCCUGCUGAACAUGCCAGGGCCUCCCCGUAACCGGAAAGGGGAUGAGAACUACAUGGAGUUCCUGGAGGUGCUGACGGAGCAUCUGGACAGAGUGCUCCUGGUGCGUGGUGGAGGCCGGGAGGUCAUCACCAUCUACUCCUGAAAGACGGCGAGAGAGAGGUUUGUCUGCACACCGAGAGCCCCGCCACCCCUUUGCACCGCGCUCCCGGAGGGGAGGAGGGAAGGCCGGAUGGCAGCCGGUGCGCAGAACCUUCUCCUGGCUUUGGCCGUGCCCCUGAUCUCUCCAUUCGAACUGCAGCACCAGAUCUUCCGGGAGCAUCCAGCACCAGAGCAGCUGUUUCUCAUUGCAACACCACAGCACUGCUGUCCUUGUUUAUAUAUAAAUAUAUACAGUGAACCGCGGACUGAGCAUCAGAGCUCGGCGCUGCCGCCACCGCCGGCCCCAGCACUGCCGCUGCAGCCCCUGGCCGGGCAGGAGGGCGGCUGUGCCGAGACGGACCUUGGCCCCACCGUGCUGCUACUCCUGCACAGACUCGGCUGGACGCGCCCGUGCCCUGUGCCUCCCUGCGAGAGAGAGGCCCCCACACCGCGCUCCCCUCGCUCCUCUCCCCGCCUCCGGCAGCGCCCGGGGCCGCUCCCCACGGCGCUGCACCCCCGCUGCCCCUCACCGCCACGGGCCCGGACAGCCCCAGCUCGCCGCCGCCUCGGCACCGUCGUCUCUGGAGACCGCGGGCUGAGCUUGUGGAGAUGCAGCACGAUGGUUUGGAGGAGGCAGAGGGUGGGGGGCGGCUGCGUGGGGUCAAGGUACUGGAGCACAGCGAGGCCGUGAGAGCAGGAGCCCUGCCCUAGGGUGGCUGGGGGUGUUCCCUGUCCCCCCUGCCUGAACUCCGGGCUCUCUCUCCCCUGCCGCUCCCCGGGUGCUUGCGGUGUCUGGAGCCGCGCCGAGGCCGGGGCCUCUGUCCGGCGGCUGGAGCCGAAUGGGUGCUGGGGACCCCCGAGACACCAGUGCCUGCUCCGGCCCGGCACAGGGGUGUCCCGGACCCCCACCCUGCUCCCCCGCCGCACUAAACUGGGGGCUCUCAGGGCCCAGCACCCGCACAUGUGUCCGGGCUCCCCCUGUACCCCGCCGCACUCCCUGCUGCUCCACAGGGCUCCGCUGCUAACCCAGCCCUGGCCGCGGCCCCAGGCAGUCGCAGAUGCUGCCGGGGGCUGUAGGACAGUCUGGAUCUGUGUGUAUUUUUAACAUAUGCAAAGGCUGUUUGCUGAUCUGACCAGCAAGACGGCACAGUGAGGUGGGGGCUGUAGGGGUCCCACCGCCCCCCGGCAGCGCGACACUCCCUCACCCGGCUGGCCAGGGCAGCCCCGCCACAGCAGAGCCCCCCGGGGCACAGCAAACACCUCUUGUCUUUGGCAGCAGCUGCAGGGUCGCCCCCGCCGCCGUCCUCCCCCCCCCACCCCCCCAGCAUCUCUCAAAGAAGAGAAACUGAGGCGCUUUUAACAAAUGUGAACGGUUCCAGGAACCACGCAGGAAGCGGUGCGAGGGCAGCAGGGUGCCGCUGGCGCCCGCCCCAGCCCCAUGUACAUAGUGUACAUAAUACAGUACGUGUAUUUUUAAAGUGAUCAUAUUUAUGUUAAUAGAACCAGAUGAAGUCUAUAUAUAGAGAUCUAUAUCUAUUCUGAGAGAUGCAGGGCUCUGCUAGCACCAGGCCGCAGGGACAGGGAGCUGAGCCGGGCUGCUCCUGCACAAACCAGGAGCCCAUCCGUCGCACCAGGCGCUCCGGAGUGGUGGUGGAGGCUGCAGCCUUCCCCGGCCACCAGCAGCCCCUGGGAAAGGGCCAGGUCGCAGGUUUAUUCUCUUCUCAAUUUAGCUUCUUAAGAGUUUUCAGGGAAAAGAAGUCACAGACUUUUCUGAACUUGUUUCACAGCAGAUUUGAGCUUCCACUCAAAGUGCAGCCUGCUAAGAGUUGCCCUCUCCCGGCAGCGCUGGUGGCUUUGUGCCAGCCUGGGCCCUGGGGCAGCACUUUGUCCCUGGCCAGAGCUGAGCCCCUGUGCUGAAGCACUCGCCCCCUCAGCCCCUCUAGAUGCUCCCCAGUGCCGCUCUGCACUGCAGCAGGGGGAGCGGGUGCUGCUACAGCAUCCCCACGGGUGUCCAUCCAGGCAUCAGCUGCCUCCUGCCUGGCACAGGCAGCCCUGAUGGGUCCCAGCUCCCUGCCCACCCGACCCCCUGCUAACCUUGGCUCCUGCCUCCCUGAGAACAGGAAACUCCCCCCUGCACCAGCCACUCCAGCCCCUGCUCCCUUUCAGAGCUCCUCUACUCCAGGUCCAGGCCAAAGCUAUUUGGGGAUGCUUGGAUAAAAAGCAGUGGGUUUUUUGAUGUUGGGUUUUUUUUUGCUAUAGAGAUACUACUUGGACACACUCCUAGACCAAAACCAAGCCCCAGCUGCACAUUUGUGCCUGCUCAUACCUUGCUCCUACAUUUCCAUCACUCCCGAAGUGCCUCCCUUCUCUCCAGGAGUAGUCCCAGUCACAGCCAGACUUUCUGCCAGGGUAGCUUGGCUGCCUGUGUGGCUGCAGGUCUGUGUCCCAGACGCUGCUGUGGAAGCCGCUCCCACAGGCAUGAGGAGCUCAGAAUUUACGGGGGGAAUGUCAGGCCGAGUUGAGCGCUGGCUUCAGCACAGGAGCUCGGGGCUGACGAGUGGUGCAGAUGCACAGGGUAGCACUUUCUGGUCCUGCUGCUGCCUCAGCGGCCUGGGAGCUGUGAGAAGAGCAGGUAGGGGUCUGCAAGUGAAAAGUUCCUUUAGUUUUGGGAAGGGCAGCCCAUGGGAACCAGCAUUUGCCAGUGUCUAGCUGCUCUGCCCCUUGGAGCUGGCCCUGUACCACCACACACAAGCUCAUGGGCUGUUUCUAGCCUCCCAAAAUUAUCUGAGGCACUUCAGCAGCAGCGGGGGAGGCACAGCAUCCUGCCCACACAGCUCAUGUGUUAGCACCAUGUUGUUGGGGCUCAAGCACUUGCCAGCUGCUCUGCCUCUUCACAAGAUGCCACUCGCUCCUUGCAGUUGCCCUCUAAUUGCAGCUUGGCUGCUGCCCCCUGUGCUGCUGGGCCUGAGGCAGCGAGCACGGUCCCCUCCUGCCCUGGCACAUGGCGCAGGGCAGAAGGGAGAGACAGGUUAUGCACAGCCUCUGCUGAGCCUGCAGACAGCACCCACCCUCACAGCAUCAGAUGACAGGCUCUUCUGUUGGCUGCAGGUACAGGGCAGCCAGGAAUGACAUUUGCAGAGCAGUGGUGAGAGCAGCCAGGGCACAUUUCUGACGGGUUUGCUUCAUUCCCCAGCACCACCAGUGGAUCCUGUUCCCCUCAGCAUCACUUCCACCCUGAUGGCAAAGCCAUGGUCUUGGCUCUGCCAGGGACUAGGAAGGCCAUUCCUUUUCAUCACUACUGCUGAAAAAAGGCAUUCCCCUUCCCCAUCCUUCAGCAAGAGCAGGGGCACAGCUCUGGACAGUCAGGGCUGCUCCCACACCCCUGCCAGGCAGUUUGGCUGUGGCAAGACAGGAGCUGGUUUCCACAGCAUAUCCCCUCGCUGUCGGCUGGAGAGGGCCAGUUUUAGCAGACAGCACUGCAUGUUAGUUUACAAACCCAGCCCUGCACGUUUGGCCUCUGUGAGUGUUCAGUUUCCCCAUGGAGCACCCUUCUGCCGCUCCACCGUGGUGAAGACAGUGUCCUCCUCUGGUAGACAUGCAAGUUCCUCCUUGGCACAUGCGCAGACACGGUCCGGUUUUUGUUCCAGACAGGAAGGUCUUGACCCCCCAGUUUGUUUUACAGGCAGGCUGCUGCUAGAGCAGCACAACCCACGGGAGGAUGGGCUGGAGUGUGGCCACAGCCAGCAGGGAGUGUUGGGCCAGCACACAGCACUGGUGGCAAGUGCUCCAGUCCCUGCUGCAAGAGGGCCAAGCAGCCCCGGCCCCUGGGAGUGUGGCAGUGGGCAGCUCAGGUCACUGUGGAGGGCAGCUCAGGUCACUGUGGCCACCACGCAACACAGGCAGCAAGCCACAGGGCAGCAGGGACAGGACACACAGGCAACAUCCAGCCUGGGCAGGUGCUGGUCUGUGGCUGGACAAGAGGAAGGACAAGAGACUGCACAAGGGCAAGAGUUGCACUAGAAGAGUCAAGACCCUCCUCUGUGUAGCAGGAUUAAAAACUAGCAGCAAGACCGAAAGGUCUGAGAUCUGCUGGUUACAACACUUUCUGUGCUACAUGUGCAAUAUAUUUGUUAUGAAUGUUAUCACAAAGUCGGUUCAUUCAAUACUCUUUUAAAAAUCACUGUAGCUAGAUGUUCUCUGUCCAUUCAAGUGACUUUUAUUCGAGUGCAAUAUUUCAAUAGACAUGUAGUGACCUAGAAUGCUUUGUGUUUUAGAGAAUCUGUGUGCAGAGCAAUGCAAUUAAGUUUAAAACCUUGUAAAUAAAACAGGUUGCAAACCAAAAAAAAAACAACCCCUAUUAGGCUUGCAUUUAAUUUCUGUGUGUUUCAGUGUUGUGCAUUAGGCCGCCUCGGUGCAGACCCCGUGUUCUCUGUGCAGGUGUUCAUGGAGGAGUGGCUCCUCAGCUGUUGAAUGCUCCCUGUUAUUGCUUUACUGCUUUACCUGUAUUCAUUUUUCUAGACUCCUGUCUGCACAAAAUGCAAUAAAUGAUUUUAUUACACCCUUCA